AUGUAAAUAGCAAGUCCAUCUUCUAAAGCAAUUUAUGCAAAUUUGGAACUGAAAAAUUCAGAAAGUUAAAAUAUUGAGUUCAUUUGUCAAGAAUUGAAAACAAUUUGUACUGUUUCUUACCAACUUAUUUCUCCCAAAAUCUCAUAGAAACCCAUUAAGAUGAAGAAACUAAUAAAAAAAGUGAAAAAAAAUGGCAUUUCUAAAUAAGGAAAAAGAGAAAAGUAAAAUAAAUAAUCUAUCCAUUGUUUAAUUGAUGCCAAAGAGGAAUUGAAAUACAAAAUAGCCCUUGUUAAUGAUCUUCAAUCAUAAUUACUCUACUUAAAAAUGAUGAUUUCCAAAAUGUGA